UGCCUGCGCUAUUGUCCCAUCUUGACGGCACCUGCAAUAGUCGCUACUCACAACUCAAAUAAAUAGUACUUUGGAAACAGCUCCCAUCACAAGCAGCGCCAUAUGACCAAAAAGAGAUCCGCAGCGCAAUGGGUGCUGUAGCUACUGCUCAGUUUCCAGGAAGCCCGUUCCAGUCCACGCGCCAAACUACUAUCCGCAUGUCGACUAACACUAGGCAUUGAUCCUGUCGUCUGGCUCCCAAUGACCCAUCACCAACGCAGCCGCCUUGUUCGUUAGCGCCUAGGGUAGAUGCCAAACGGCCGCGCCGAUGCUACCUGCCGCAACUGCCCUAAUCAUCUUCAUCUCUCACGCAUGCAUGUCAUCCUCUGUCCUCAAGCAUAUACCCGGCCCAAUGUUUCAUAUGUUGUACUUGUUCCAAUAUCGUUUCCUCUCAACUCGUUUCCCAAGGCACGACCAACCAACACGUCCAAAAAGCAGUUUUGGAAGAACAUGUGGCAGCGACUGACGACUCUGUUAGCGGAUAUCGACGUCCUUUGCCACGACAACGGUACCAGUAGCCCUGGUCCCACAGUUCCUCCAACGAUCAGCAAUGACUUCAUCACCUGGCUUGAGACAACCCAAGAAAUGCAGAUCAACCAUAAGCCUCCCCUAUCGACCUCCUCAUCUUCAAACUCUUCUUCACCACAAGCUUCUUUUCUUCCUUUCCUCCCCUCUCUCUGUUUUCUUUGAUUGCAAAAAAAAAGAACAAGAUUGUUCCCCCUCUCUAUCGUUAUCUUGGAACACCAUGCUUCCAUUUCCUCAACUCUCUAAUUUUUUUUCCACCAGCACCUCCACCACACACUCCUGUUAGACCUUUAUACAUCUUCUAGUCCAUUUUCCCCCUCUGACUCAUGGCGUUUUUUCAUCAGUCAUUGAGAUCGGGCUUUAGCGGAUAUGCGAUUUGCGACGCGCUUGUAUGACCAUUUAUUGUUUCUGUGAAUGAUAAUAAA